AUGACUCUGGCGCAUCAGGGAGCUAUGCUUCUAGCUAUCCGCAGCCAAACAGAAGACCUGGACAACCGGAGCAGAUGCUCUAAUGUUAAGGUGCAUGGUGUCCCUGAGCCCAAUGGAGAUGAGGACGUUGAGGCCCUCCUCACCUCACUUUUCAAUAUGAUACUUGGUGAGGAAGGCCCUGAAGAAAUCUGGUUUGACAGGGCACAUCGGGCCAUCCGGCAACACAUGCAGGAUGGGGCCCCGAGAGAUCUGAUAUGCUGCCUCCACUCAUACCGAAUGAAGGAGAGGAUCAUGCAGAAAGCUAGAUCCUGA